AACUCCACGUCGCAUUUUUCCUGUGGCUCUGUGUGCUCUGUACUACAACUCUACAGUGUGUGACCAACAGAAAAAGGAGUGCCAUUGAUGGAAAAUGUCUCCGCCCAAACACACAGCAACACACUCGAUCCCACCUCACACUCUGGCCAAGCUGGCACAAGAGUGGCUGGCAGAGGACACACCAAACUUUGAUCCUGCAGGGGUGUGUGUGGGGUCACAGGAGGUUGAGGCAAGGCUGCUGUGUAAGACACCACACAGCGUCCUGGCAGGGAGCCCCUUUUUCACAGCAGUGUUCAGUGAGGUCGGCUGCACUGUGGAAUGGAUUUACCAUGAGGGAGCUGAGAUCGGUCCUGAUGCUGUCACGUUGACUGCUGUGGUGAGAGGCCCAGCAAGGUGCCUCCUCCUAGGCGAAAGGCCGGCUCUCAACUGCCUGGCCCGGGCCUCGGGGAUCACCACUCGCUGUUCUCAGCUCCAGGCUACAGCAACGGCAAGAGGAUGGCAUGGAGAAGUGGCUGGCACACGCAAGACCACCCCGGGCUUCCGUUUGGUGGAGAAGUACGCCAUGCUGGUUGGCGGCGUGUCCAUGCACAGACAGGACCUGAGUGGAAUGGUGAUGCUGAAGGACAACCAUGUCUGGGCUUCAGGAAGUAUCACAGAGGCUGUGAAAGCUGCGCGGUCAGUGUGUGGCUUCAGCAGUAAGAUUGAGGUGGAGUGCCGCUCUGCGGAGGAAGGCAGGGAGGCAGCUGGAGCAGGAGCAGACAUUGUUAUGCUGGACAACUUUCAACCUCAGGAGCUCCAUGUUGCAGCUUGUGCACUCAAGGUGGAGUUUCCAACUCUGCUGAUAGAAGCCAGUGGAGGAGUUACUCCAGAGAACUUAGCUACAUAUUUCUCCCCACAUGUGGACAUCAUUUCCCUGGGCUGCAUAACACAGGGCUGCCCGGUUGUGGACUUUUCUCUCAAGGUUCAAAAGCCUGGUGCUCACUCAAGCCUCCACCCCACAAAUAGGAGUAACAAUUAGUCCCGCACUAAUUGAAUGAGAAAAUGCUGUGAGAUUUUGCUCUGAUGAAUAGAGGAGAAUUAUACUGUUUUCAUUUAUUUUCCAGAACAACUUUACAGUGACCUAUUGUUGGCUAAAAGAUGAAGAAAUAGCUACAUCCUGUUCACUCACUGUGUCAUCAGUUAUUUGAUAAGGUUCAAAAGAACAGAAACUACAUUGGAUGUGAGUUUCUGUAAGAACCAUGUAGACAAUGUCAUAUAGUUGUUUAAAAACACAAUAUACAAAACGGAUUUUCGAAUGAGGAAGAACAGUCACAAGUUGAAACUAACCAAGUGGUCUCAGAGACUUAGAGAAUAAAGGAUAAAUUAGAAUUCAGGCAACCUAUAAUAUGGCCAAGUAAAAUGUUUGGUUCACCCAAACAUUUUUCUUCUCACUUUAAAUAUUUUCUUACUAGUGCUGUCUAGCCAUGCAGAUAGUUUAGUUUUUAUUUUUCCAGGUUUUGAGAGAUCCAUAAAACAUCUGCGACCCCACACACAUUGGAGUUGAAUGGAAUUUUGCUUUUGGUGCUCACAGCACAGAAACAUGGCAUACAACACAGAUAAUGCCACAGAAACAUCUCUUUCCAGGAAAGGUGUCCUGAUUAUUUUAGAUUAUCUUCACCCAUCGCUUGCAACCAUUUUUAUAGAGAACUAAACUGAAACCAGAACUUCCAUGUUUAAAAAGUAAAAAUCACAACAUUACAACUUAUUGUAGUUAAUAUAAAUUUGCAUCAACUGAUUUUCUGGCCACUUGGCUGCAGUGGAAACUGGCUGUAACUCAACACUGACAUAUUUUCAUUUUAUAAAGUUGAUUUCGCCGAUGUGUUAGCAAACAAUUGCCAAUUUACACAUCCAGCAGAUACAGAGCAACAUUAGCGUUCAUUUGGUGUCGUAUUUCUGUCCCCCUGACGUAUUUAAGUCCGACCAAAGUAUUGUAUUACUGUAGUUGAACUCAAGUAAAAGUACUGACAUAUAAACAGGAAAAUUUACUUUAAAAGAAAAGCAACAAAUCCUCACAUUUGACAAGU